AUGACCAUCAAAGCACAGGCCUUAGCCGACUUUAUCACGGAGGUGCAAAACAUUGAGCUCGACUCAAUAUGGAAAAUAUAUGUGGAUGAGUCGUCCACCCGGGAAGGUAGUGGGAUCAGCAUACUGCUUAUCUCCCCACAAGAAGAGCGGGUGCAGUUGUCUGUUCGGCUAGAGUACUGGACAACUAACAAUCAAGCUAAGUACGAGGCUCUUAUAGCCGGCUUACAAGCCGCUCGGCAUGUCGGCGCGGGCAGAGUUCUUAUCCACUUUGAUUCUCAAUUAGCCACUCAGCAGCUAGUUGGAGCAUUCGAGAUCAGUAACACACGGCUGAAGUUGUACACCGAAGCUUUCGAAAAGCUGAAGGCAAGCUUUCAAGAGGUAAUCAUCCAGAAGAUCCCUCGAGCGGAGAACCAAGCAGCGGGCAAGCUGGCCAAAUUGGCGAGCUCACUCUCACCGAUCGUCAUUACUCAACUGAUCGAACAAGUAUCCUUGGUGGCACACGUCGAUCAAAUAGAGGGGCUUAAUUUCCCCAGCGAUUGGAGAACGACCAUAAUAGAGUUUCUACGAUCGGGAGCUACGCCUUCCGAUCGGGAGGAAGCUCGCUUAUUGAGAAGAAGGGUCGGUCACUUCACCAUAGUCAGGGACCAGGUCUACAAGAAGGCUUUCUCCAGGCCAUUGCUUAAAUGUGUCAGAUCAGAGGAUGUCGACUAUAUACUGCAAGAAGUACACCAAGGCUCCUGUGGAGGGCAUCCGGGCGGUCGGUCGCUAGCAAGGAAGAUCCUGCUGGCCGGGUACUUCUGGCCGACUCUACAGGAAGAUGCCACUCAGAUAGUAGCCAACUGUCUAUCCUGCCAGAAGUAUCACCACCUUUCCCACCGGCCGACCAAAGAGAUGAAGGCCUCCACUAUGUCAUGCUCAUUCGACCAAUGGGGCAUGGAUAUUGUGGGACACUUCCCCAUGGCGAUCGGGCAGCGAAAGUUCUUGCUCGUCGUGGUGGACUAUUUCUCCAAGUGGGUCGAAGCCGAGCCACUGGCUAAAAUAACCGAGCAGAUGGUCCAAAAUUUCAUCUAG